AUGGACUCCAGCACGCUCAAUGUGGCUGCACCUGUCUUUCAGCCCGGUCGCUUCGCCAACGGCGCAAAACAGACGACACCACUCUCCGCCGCAUCGCAAGGAGCAGCUCUCUCCGACAAGAAUGGCUCCACAGUGAUUCAGAACCAGAAAGCUCUCGGAAGCAGUGCACCAGGCGCUGUCUCCAUGAAUGCCAACUCGCGUCCGUUCGUACCCGGAGGAGCUGCCAAUCUCAAUGCUUUUCAGCCGCAAAGGCCGCAGACGCCAAAGACGCCCUAUCAAGCUGAUCAGUCUGCUAUCUUUCCGGCAGCACGAUCGCCGCUUCCGGUUCACGGGCUAGGACAUGGCUUGCAUCCAGGCAGCGUUCAGCUGACCGGCCUACCUGCCUUCCUUGCCACGCCUCCCAUCGUGGGUCACAUGUCGCCCUCUCCCGGCUACCCCGGACCGACAUCGCCACUCUCAGCCAACGGCUCCGCUUCCGGGUCGAUCAAUCCCUUCUUCAUGCCACAAGGUCCGGUCGCAUUCGGAUUGCCGCGUUCAGCUGGGCCCAUCAAUGGUCAUAUGCACUUUCGCAAAAGCAGAGGCCUUCCGCCAGUUACACCUCUCAAGACAACCGGUCACAAUUCGACUCCAUCCAUUUCGCUGAAUCCAGCCGCAUUUGCCGCCAAUUUGGCAGCCUUAAGGGCAAAGAAGAAGGUCAUCGUCUCGCUUCCGAGAGAAAGGCCUCUGUUGGACGACGAAGCCCUACCUGCUCAGGACGAGCACGACCAAGGGAAAGCAGACACUGACGGUGCUGGCUCGCAUGAAGCAUGGAGCGAAGCCAAUGUCGCUAAGCUUCGUCGCGCUCUUACUGCCGCCUCGACGCGGCACAACUGGCCCGCAAGACAGCCAUGGUCAUCAGACCGACACGAUCUCAUUCCCUGCAUCGACUUGCCUAAGGACGCUACCGUCACUUGCGAGAUCUACCCCACACCUUGGCCCUACUCGGCUGGUCUACCAGACACCAUCGAGAUCUAUCUUCCGGGAGCCAGUGCCUGGGACGAAUACUACGAGACGGCGGUCGAAGAGCAGCACAUCGCGCCUGAAAGCGAUGAGCAUGUAGCAGGCUCGUUACUGCCUCGUCACUGGCCCUGGCUGCCUCCCAACACUGCAGUGCCGGAUGUGGGAGGCAGGGCCCGCAGCAUGUCUAUUUCCACUCCGGCUGACCCGAACAUGGUCACUUUCAAGCUCAAUCGCUAUCUCCAGUCGCAGCAGGAGUCGCAGCAAGCAGAUCCCAGCGGGCCUUUCCGAAAGGAUGCGACAGUUGCCCCGCACAACGCACACAGAUUGUUUAGCCGUAGCCAGUCAGACCUGACCAACCGACUCCGUGGGGCAUUUGAACGUCGUCGUGCCGACAGUGCCGAUCUCAAGCUCGGUUCCACCUCCAAGCGCGGUCAGACCAUGUCGCUUAGCAUGCCCAGCUCAGGUGGACCCUUUGGCCCAGAAGUCUUUUCCGCUCUUGAUUUGAUUCGCGCCAAUUCGGACGAAGGCCCAUCCAAGCCUGCGUCAGAAGCUCCUCAUCUGCCCGAGAAGCCCUCGUCCGACUCGGAAGCGAUCGUUGGAACAUCAGAGCCGUUGCUGACCAACAUAGCCGAGGACGAUGCCGAACAAGAGGCAGAAGCUGGACCUGCGAACCGACGAUUCGGUGCUUGGACCAAAACGGCCAGUGGCAACUGGAAGGCUCUUGGAAGAGGAUUCGGCUACGAGCCCGAGCCUGAAAGCGCAGGAAAAUACGCACGCAGGCACGUCAGAAAGACCUCGAGGGUCUCGGUCAGCACCUCUCGCCAAGACGGAGGAGAGCUUGACGAGCAUCUCGCUGAUAACGACGAGGCCAUUGAGAUCCGUACCAACCCUAGCGAGGAUGCCGAUGCCUCCGACUUUGAGGAGGAGCUCGCCGACUUCGGCCCCGAGCACUGGCGGGCACGCCGCAGCAGCUUCCACCUGUCGGCCUUUGGUGGUGGCGCUCGCGGUCGAUACGGCUACGAAGACGAGGCGUCCGAUCUGAGCGCUGAGGACGAACUCGUUGACUCGCUCACCCCCUCUGAUGAGCAGUUCAGCAAUCCUUCUGACGAGGAAGCCGCCCGUAAAGAGCGCAUCAUGCGACGACAAAUUCGUGCUGCAGAACGGACUUCUCGUAGAGAGGGUAAGAAUCGUCGCCGAGAUCGCGCCAACACCGACAACACGCUACCCAGCAGUAGUAUCGGUGAUGGUGACGUGCAUGAGAGAGAUCUCUACAGCUUCAAGAGCGAGACGCGCCAUUUACUCCGCCGCCAGGAAUGGCAGCGCUCCUUGCAGGACGAGAUCAUCAGCAACCCUUCCGACGAAGAUCAGUCUGAUUUGGACGACUCUCGCACGUUUGGUCAAAGCGAACGCACUCACGGUACUGUCGAUCAAGGUCCGCGUCUCAGUCAGGACUUCCGCUUCCCACGAUCACCGAAGUCAGCAGCAGUCAAUCUGCAAGGCUUCACGAAUCAUGCUCUCGCGGCAAAUCGUCCGCCCAUGUCAGGAACGCUGGGUCGUGCUUCCGGCAUCUCCUUGCUCAAUCCAGACGCCAAGGAGUUCAAACUCGGCGCGGCCACUGCGAACAAGGAUGCCUCUGUACCCAAUUCUACUUUGUCUGCGGAGCACGAAGCUACGUCCGGUCACUUCCGCCUUCCUAGCAUCAAGACGUCCAGCUUUGGGUCCAGCGCCCUCGGAGAGCGCGCUGCAAAUGCGCCUCAUCUGAACGUGAGUGCAGCUGCCUUCACUCCGAGUGCGUUCACUUUCAAGACCAGUCAGCAGAUUCAGGUGCCCGAUGUGUCUCGAUCGGAGUCGCCUAGCAUCGGCGCUCAAGAAAUGGAGCGGGUUGCUGUCGCACAACAAGAACAAGCUCAACAGCGGGAGGAACAAGGUCGCGAGAAACGCAUCCGCUACGGGCCUCUGGACUACGGUAGCGAUGACGACCGCUAUGCCAUGUACAGCACAAGCCCAUCUCGGCCUCAAGCAUCGACGGCCAGUAUCGAAGGGCCUCUUCGCGCAUUCAGCACCUUGACAAGACAAGGUCCACCGCCGUUCCUUCCUGCGGGCUAUUCGCAACAGCAACGAGCGGUGUCGCACGAGUCUGGGUUUGCAGCAAAUGCACCUUCCUUCGUGCCAUCCUGGGCAAAGGGAGCUCGUCCUUUCAGCGGUUCUGGGAGCUUCAAGCGCCCUUCUCUGCCGGAUUGGGGUCAGCUGUCUCAGCGCGACACCGCAGAAGUGGCGCUGCCCUCGAUUCGUGAUCCUUCCUUCUUUUCGAGGGAUGUUAGCAGCAAAGCCAUUCCCAUCCGACGUCCGUCCGAGGGCAAUGAGGUGAAUCCGGCGGUCAAGACUGACUCAACGCAGGACAAGAGAGCUGCAGCGGAUGCUGUGACCGCAGCGCCUGUCUCUCGACAGGGCGAGGGCUCUCCUGACAUCAGCACAGAUGCAGAUCAAACCUCGAAUAAGACGCUCAAGCCUCCGGCUACCUUCUCGUCUUCUGCAGCUUCAGUCUGGUCCGCGCAACGUGCUCGACCUAUCCACAUUCCCGUCCGGCCCGAGAGCUAUCAGUCUUCGUCUCUCUUGCUAGCUUCCGAUGCUAGCCGGAGUCCAUCUCUUCGGUGGGCGCAUCGGAGUGCGCACUCGCGCAGCAGCAUGUCGUCUAUUGGCAGGCGGCUGCGUAGGCCGGAUGGAGAUGGAGAUGACGACGAAAGCCUGAACGACUUUGUCGACGAGAUUGUGGACCGCGUCGACAAAGCACUGGAAGGCUGGGCUGGCAAGAUUCUCGAUGAAGUCACCAUCAUGGGUCAAGUGCGCCCCAAUCCCCGAAAUGGCUCUUCCGACCCUUCAUUUGAUCACGACAAAAUCGCACAGACGCUGUUGCGCCGCAUGGAGGAAGUGUUGGACAUGCAUCUGGCUUCCAGCUUUGCAGUUCACGCUCGUAGGCCCACCGACUCCUCUGACGGUACCCAGACGACCAUUCGACCUCUCCGCCAAAGAGAUUCUUCCUCCUCCCUCGCUAAGGCCACUACUGCCUCCGGUCUCGUCGAUGGAUCUGGCGAAUGGGACUUUGACUACGUGCAAGAGGUACUCGAUGCUAAGCUCGAAGGCUUCCGCAAGCAUAUCGAGACUACAAUGGCCCAUGUGCUCGAAAAGCUUGGCUCGUCUACGCCCCCUGUGUCUGCCAGCAAGCCAGAGCCUAACGGUGAAAGCAGGGUCGGAUCUGCUUCAGCCGCGAAUCUUACAGAGGUCGUCUCUACGCGUCUCAUGGUGCAGCUCGAGUCGAUCCUGGAAGAGUACCACGAAGAGGCGAAAGAGGGAUGGCUGGCGUCCGACACCAGGCUGCAGACUGCAAUGCAGACCAAGCUGGACGAGAACCUCUUCCUUCUGUCUGAGAAGGGCGCGACGGAACGUGCAAGUAUCCAGCAGAUGCUCGAAUCCGAGCUGCACGGUCUCGAACGCUCGAUUGCCCAGGCUGGGAACUCUGUGCAGGGCCAUGUCGAGUCCGCGCUGAAGAGUUGCCUGCCUGCGCUGCUCGAGGAGAAGAUGUCUGGCGACGUGGCCUUGGCGAACAGCCUCACUGACCAGGUCGGCAAGGCUCUCGGAUCAAUUCUGUCAGACGAGCGCACGUUGCUCUUGGAGGAGCUCGGCAAAAGCCGUAGCAUCUUGUUCGAAGCACUGCCUUCUUCGCAUGAAGUUGCGCAGUCCACCCUCAACCUGGUGGCUCCUCUCGUCAAGAGCUUGAAAAUCGACCCGAUCGACUCGGACUCACUGGUGAUUAGACUCGCCGAGGUGAUUGGCAAGCAAUCGAUCGAACACCUGGUCGACCUGACACCGGUGCUUGCUCUCCUCGAGCCGCUAAUUGUCAAGCACGAAGACGCGCGAACGUUCAGCAAGCGUAUACUACAGCGACAGGAAGACACGGAACGAACGCUCUCCGAGCUGCCCUCUGCGAUCAAUGCCAAGACCGAGAUCUUCCUCUCAAGCGCGGGCGAGACGAGCGCCAAGCAAGCUCUCAUCCUGGAGAAAGUCGGACAGCUGAAAACGGAUCUGCAGCAGAGACUCGAUGCCGCAUCUGGAGUCGCUUCUAACGACAUCAAAGCACUUCACAAGACUCUCGAGCAUCUGUCAGCAGACAAAGCCCUGACGCGAGACACGGCAGAAAAGACGCUCGCCGAACUCGCUGGAGUGUAUUCGGUACUCAACGCUUCGUACGAAGCGCUCUCUCGACUGGAGACGCAGCAGACGUCGAGCGAAGAGACACAAGCGCAGCUGAUGGGUCGACUCGAGAAGCAGGCGCAGGCGAGUGCGGAUCUGGCACGCGAGCUGAGGGAAGCAGAGUCUCGUGCGAUGUACGCCGAAGCACGUCGUGCCGAGCUGGAGGUCAAACUUACUGCCUCGAACAAGGACUCGGCUAUGCUGCGGGAUCAGCUGGCGCAGAUGACGAGCGAGCUGAGCUCUUUGAAGGAAGGGCAGUCGCAGGAGCGAGAGGCGUCAGCAAAGGCGCUCGCCGAAGCAGCCGUCAAGACGGAGCGUGCCGAAGCCGCCACUGUCGAGCUGCAGGACCGACUGACGCAUCACCUCGAGCAGGCAGCCACCGCCGAGCGUGAGGCAUACGACUCGGCCAAGUCGAUGCUCGAGCGCGCAUCCAAGGCAGAAGGCCAGGUGGUCGCGCUCGAAAAGCGUAUUGCAGAGCAGGACAAUCGCAUCACCAACCUGCAGCAGCUUACGGCGACGCAGAAGCAGAAGGCCGCACAGAGCCAUCAGAAGCUGGCGGAGGGGGAGAAGCGGGUCAAGGAGCUCGAGGCAAGGGUGGUGGAGCUUGAGAGAGCGGCGGACAGGGUGGAGGAGAUGGAGGCAAAGGCGGUGGAGCUGGAGGAUGUGCGAUUGAAGCUCAAGGAAAGUGAGGAGAGGGAGGCGGGGAUGAGGGAGGAGGUGAAGCGGUACGACGAGCGGUGGGAGCAGAUGGAGAGGGAUCUGGUCGAGAUGAAGAGGGAAUAUAUUGAGAGGACGGAUUACGAGGCGAAGGCGCAGAAGUUUGAGGAGAGCGAGAGGCUGGUCGAGCAGCUCAAGGCGCAACUCGCUGCUGUGUCAUCGACAUCGAACGGGUGGGACAGCGUCUCGAGGACCAGAACGGGCGCUUGGUCAUCCAUGCAUGCUCCUCGGGUGCGAGUCGAGGACGUCGGCGCACCAGCAGGGCGUGCGAACGGGCCCACUCGAUCAAUCUCGUCCGCAUCGACGACGAGCGUCGUCAAGGAGGUCGAGGUGGACGCUGGAGGCUGGUGGUCCUAG